AUGGAAGCCCAGCAUCCCGUUGCCAUCGACGGCAUCUUCAACAACGUCGGUGAAUCGGGCUGGCCCAAAUCUCGCGAAAAUGCUAAAGGGGCCGCGGCGGGAGUUUUUGUGGCCUCACCAUCGAAGGUGAACCCCAACUACUACUACACCUGGACUCGCGAUUCGGCCAUAGCGAUCAAGGCGCUCGUGGAUGAUUUCCUUGCCAAUGAGACUCCAAAGGUCGAGGAGCAGAUCCGCAUCUAUAUUGACGCGCAGGCAAUGAUUCAGAACAUCACCACCCCUUCCGGAUCUACCUGCGAUGGCGGACUCGGCGAGACCAGAUUCCAGGUGAACAUGACCGCGACCAAUGAUGACUGGCCUCGUCCUCAACGCGAUGGACCCGCUCUUCGUGUGACCGCCCUAGUCGCAUAUGGUCGAUACCUCUUGGAUACCAAGCAAGAACACGCAGCGAAGACGAAGAUUUGGCCAAUCGUGCAGAAUGAUCUGGCCUACGUCUCGGAGAACUGGAAUAAGAGCACGUAUGACCUCUGGGAAUCGAUUGAAAGCUCUUCGAUGUUCGCAACUGCGGUCCAAUACCGCGCUCUGGUGGAAGGCAAUGGUUUCGCCGCGUCGAUUGGAGAGAAAUGCCCGAACUGCGAGUCGCAGGCACCACAAGUACUGUGCUUCCUCCAGUCAUACUGGAACGGCAAGUACAUGAUUGCCAACACAGGCGGUGGACGGUCUGGAAUCGACGUGCCCUCCAUCUUGGCGAGUAUCCACGUCUUCGACCCCGAGGCACCAUGCGACGAUACCAGUUUCCAGCCGUGCUCCGAAAAAGCGUUGGCCAACCACAAGAUCGUCACGGACUCCUUCCGCGAGAUCUUCCCCAUGAACAAGGACGUUCCGGCCCACAAGGCGGUCGCUGUCGGUCGGUAUCCCGAAGACGAGUACAUGGGUGGAAAUCCGUGGUAUUUGAGCAAUUUUGCCGCAGCGGAACAAAUCUACGACGCCCUCGCUCAGUGGAAGCGCCAAGGAAAAAUCGUAAUCACCGAAGUGUCCUACCCGUUCUGGCAGGUGCAUAAUUCCACGGCACAGCUUGGGACAUUCGAAUCCUACACGCAAGACUUUAAGAAUAUGAUCGAAAUGAUCGGUAGCUAUGCCGAAAACUUCAUGGAGGUUGCGCGCAAGUUCACUCCCAGCGACGGCUCGUUGACGGAGCAGUUUGACAAGAACAAUGGUAAGCCGCAGUCGGCGAGGGACUUGACUUGGUCGUAUGCGGCAUUCAUCUCGGCAUAUAAUGCUCGAAAAGGUGCAUUGCCUGCUUCGUGGGCAGCCGGACAGUCCAAGGAGAUUCUGCCGAGCGAGUGCGCUCCUACUUCAGCCAAAGGUGCUUGCAGUCCGCCGAUGAAGAUGGACUGGCCUCUGAAUGACCGUAAUAGCAAGUAA